GACAUAUUAUAUUUAUAUAUAGUAUUUAUGAGGAAUGUGUUCAUCUCGAUAUACCCAGAAGCGUUUUGACGUUAGGGCUUUUAGCCGUCUUGAGGUAUGAACUCAUAGGCCAACCAACCCAUGCUAAUCCUAAACAAACGCGGAUAUAUGAGAUACUAUGCAAAGAUAGAAGGUGUCAUAACCAUGUAUCAUAGCCUCGCCCUGACGUGUUCCGCCAACUUACCAUAUCCAGACUACGUCUAAACAUACAGUGGGCUCCGCCCUGUCUACGACUUCAGCCGCGUCAGUAUAAAUGAAUGAAACCAUAGGUACGGAUCGAGAUAGGCGGGGUGCAUCAUCCAUCGCAUUGGCAUACGUGUGGGGACCAAUCAUCGGUCGGGUAAUCUGUCUAUUUUCAUUAUCACAGACCUGGUUCGCUCCCGUCUAUGCUCCGCUGCUCGAUCAAAACGUGAUGAAAACGACAACUGCCGACGUCCGUAAUAGAUAAGGCAGGAACGGCGCUUAGCGGCUAAUGAGAGAGCAGAUGGAUGCCUUAGCAAGACUCGCCGCCAAGGCGCGCGAAGAUAUAUAAGGCGCUUCCUCGCUUACUGGAGGGAUGUGAGCAGCCUAAGUAUUCCCCCAUA